AUGAGAAAGCGAGGAGAGCCUGAGCCACAGGAAGAGCACGAUGCUAUUCGAAAUCAGUUAGUGGCGGACGCUGCUCGAUUACGUCAGCUUGAAAAGUUUUACUCCAGCACUAACAUCUACGAUUUCGACGGUGUCAAUCCAGAAUUGGCUAUGCACCUUCUGUCAUUGUACUGGGAUCGUCAAUUAGACGUAGGUGCGGUCGUCUACCGACCAGUUUUUAUGAAAGAUAUGGCAUGCUCUGGGCCACAUUUUUCAAAGCUCCUUUUGAAUGCGAUAUACUUUACAGCCUCUAAAUAUUCGCCUCGCCUAGAGGUGCGAGAUGAUAGAAGUGACCCACUGUCUGUUGGACGAAUGUUUCGGCGAAGGAUCACGCAAUUGCUUAGCGAUCAUGUUACCCGGAGCGAGAUCACCACAAUACAAGCACUGCUUUUAAUAGCAUCAUCCUUGUUCAGUUGGUGUGACGAGAAGAGCCUGGCUUGGCUCUAUUCUGGUAUGGCUAUCAACAUGAUAACGGACUUGGGCAUCCAGAUGGAUAAUAGAAUUUAUCGAAAGGGUCACGGUCUAUCCCCCGAGCAAGCUGAAGUUCGAAGAAGAGUCUUUUGGGGUGCCUACGGUAAAAGCCCCAGCUCGCUCUACCAAGGAAGGCCGAUCCGGCUGCGAGAGGCAGAUUCCGCAAUCCCUUUGAGCUUCCUGGAUGAAUACGAGGAGUAUGACCUAUUCGAACCCGCAUCUUACGGGACUUCCAUAGAAUCGUCCCCUGCUCUAUCACAAUUGGUUUCGAUUUUGAAACGAUACUGUUCAUUGUCCAGUAUCAUGUCUCGCAUCCUGGACACAUUAUAUACGGAGCGCAGUACCUCCAGGGAUCCAGUAGUGCUCUUCGAAUGCUCAACGUCUCUAAAUCACAAAUUACAGUCAUGGUAUGAGGAGCUUACCUCAGGUCUCACUGCUGCAAUGACAGGUUCCUCCACGGCGACCGCGUCCCCGCACAUUCUUGCGUUGACUGCGUUAUAUCAUACAUUAAAGAUCCUGCUCCAUCGUCCAUUUGUGUCUGAUGGGCAUCUGCGAAGUGCAUCACCAUCAGUUGCAGGCAUAGCCUUCGAGGCCUGUGCGACUGCCGCUAAUGCGAUACAUGACACACUCGGUAUUUAUGGAAAGUCAUAUUCGAUGCAGCUUGCGCCCUACAGUAUAUCCUAUGCUACAUACGUAAGCGCCACAAUUCACGCUCGCAUAGCUGCCCACAGCCCUGCAGGUUCUCAUGCCCACGACUGUCUCCAAAAUUGCCUCUCGAUUCUGACAGAACAUCAACGGUUAUAUUUGGGACCGAAGCGUGCCUUGGGGGUUAUAUUGAACCUAAUCAAAGUAAUGAACAUCGAUAUUGGCGAUUCGACUGUCACAGCGUCCAGUCCAGAUGAAGCUAUUGCACAGGUGACCUCCCAAGAGGAUGGUGUGCGAGACCCAGGACACCUUGCUAGCCACCACGCAGGACUCUUUCACACCCAGAACCUACCAUCCGACUUGGGCCAUGACUUACAAUAUGAUUUGCCGACUUAUGAUAUUGAUGCGAUCAUCCAAAGUUUUGACGUGUCCCAGCCGGUUAACCUGCGACGUUUUCAGAACUUCUCACUGCCAUUGGAUCCGCUGUUUGGCCUAGACAAUAUCGAUGUGGUAGUCUGA